AUGGGGCACAAGCGGGUGAUGCUCGUCGUGUGCAUGGUGGCCGCGCUCAACUGUGCUAGUGUGGGAUAUGAUUCCAGCAUGAUGAGCUCACUAAACAUUCUGCACUCGUUCCAGCAGAAGUUCCAGCUCGACGCCCAGCUCAAGGGUCUCUUGACUGCUGUGCAAAACCUCGGUGCCAUCGUCGCUGGUCUCUUUUCCGGUCUCGUCGUCGAUAGAUGGGGUCGCAAAGGCGGCAUUCUGGUAGCGUCUAUCCUCGUUCUGAUCUCAUGUGCAAUCCACGCCACCUCUACCACCAGGGCCCAAUUCUUCGUGGGCCGAGUCCUCGUGGGCGUCGCCAAAGCAGUCGAUAUCGCCGCAGUGCCGACGUAUCUUGUCGAAAUGGCGCCCCCUGGUCGCCGUGGUUUCGUCGCUGGUCUCUACUGGACUUGCUGGCUCGUUGGUGCCAUACUGUCUGCUGGCGUCGGGUACGGAGCCAGGAGCAUUGGGGGAGACUGGAGCUGGCGAACAAUCUGCAUCUGCAUGGCGGGACCGGCCGCGUCCUGUAUCGCGUCUCUGGUUCUUAUUCCAGAGUCUCCCCGAUGGCUCAUUUCACGCGGUCGCGAGCAGGAGGGGCUAAAAGUACUAGCAAAGUUUCAUGGGAACGGCGACACCGAUAACCCCUUGGUUGUUGCGGAGUUUAGGGAGAUUAAAGAGACGAUCGCAAUGGAGCAGGCAGAGCACGCGCAAUCGUUUAGAGCAUGGUGGAAGAAGUUUGCCUCUGAGAAGUCCAACCUUCUCCGGGCGUAUAUCUUGCUGUCUCUCGGAGUCUUUGAGCAAACCGUUGGCUCGAGCAUCAUAACAUACUAUCUCAGCAAUGUGCUCACGCUAGCUGGCAUCACCUCUGAAUCACAGCAGUUCGCUAUCAACAUUGGCCAAAAUUGUGUGGCUCUGGCCGCCGCCAUCGUCGGCACCUGUGUUAUUGACAGGCUUGGCCGUGUUCCCAUGCUUGUUGGGGGCACUUCUUUUUGUGCAUUGGUCCUCGCCUGCAUGGCAGGGCUCACAGCCACUCAGACAGGAAACGAAAUGGGACGAAAUGGAAUAAUAGCAAUGGUCUUCCUGUUUCAGAUUGGAUAUUCCUCGACCUGGACCCCCUUGUCUUUCUCUUAUUGCGCCGAGGUGCUCAACUUUACCAUCCGUGCAAGAGGCAUGGGAUUCUACAGCGUCAUCACAUCUUCUGCUGGAUUUUUCAACCAGUAUGUCAUUCCCAUCGGUCUCACCGGUAUUGGCUGGAGAUUUUAUAUUGUCGGCGUUUGCUGGAACGUUUUCGUCGCCAUUGUCAUAGCCUUCACGUACAUCGAAACAAAGGGUCUUACUUUGGAGCAAAUUGCCCAGCGUUUUGAAGGCAUCCCACGUGGCGAGGUUCUCGACGUCAUCGAGGCUUACGACGGAGGUAAGCCCAUUACCGAGCUUGAAACUUGUGAGAAGGAGGAUCGCAAAAAUUGA